CGGGCGAGGCGCCCGCAGCAGCAAGCGCUGCAGCUGCAGCAGCAGCCGCAGCUGCAGCAGCAGCAGAGGGCGCAGACGCAGCGGAGACAGAUGCAGCAGCGCCACCAGCAGCAGCAGACAGCGCCAACGCAGAACCGCCCACAACUCCCAGCAGCAGCAGCAGCAGCAGCAGCAGCAGCAAAAAGGGGAGCAAAGUCACGAAGGCGGUGCUGCGGCAGUUCACUAUGCGGCGAAGGGGCCCCAGCAGCGCAGCAGCAGCGGAGCUGGAAGCAGCAGAAGCUCCGGGGGCCCCUGCAGCAGCACCAAGUCCCAGGGGCCCCCAAGGCAGGGGGGCCCCCCCUGCAGCAGAACAGCCACAGGGGGGCCCCCCUGUACCCAAAGACCUUCACUAUAAUGGGCCCCUGACGCAGCACGCGGACUUGUGCAUAUUUUCUGUCUUUGAUGGACACGGAGGAGCCCACGUCUCCAGGUUUGCUGCAGCGAAUCUGCGGUCGCUGCUGGAGGCGCAGCCAGCCUUCCACAGGGGGGACUUUGCUGCUGCGCUGCGGCUGGCCUAUUUAAGAAUAGAUGAGUUGCUGCGGAAGGAGAGCAGCCAAGAAGAGCUGCUGUUUUUGACAACUCACACUCCCUACGAGCUGCUGCAGCACCGGCAGCAGCAGCAGCAGGAGCUCGCGCUGCAGCAGCAGCACGAGCACGAAGCUGCAGCAGCAGCAACGCCGCAGCACCACCGCGGCCUCCGCUCCACCCUUUCCAACAUUGGGCAGCACUUCAAGUCGCAGCACCACCAUCACCAGCAGCAGCAGCAGCAGCAGCAGCAGCAGCAGUGUGCUGCUGCAGCAGCAGACAUGAACCGCUGCGUCACCCUCACCAGCCUCGGCCUCGAGGGGGGCCCCCGCUCCUUGGGGGGCCCCUCCUCUUUGGGGGCCCUUUCCUCAAGGGCCCUCACCCUGGGGGGCCCCUCUUCUUCUCGUGUAGAAGAAGACCUCUUGGGGGCCCCCCUGGGGGGUUCAGCAGAAGAUGUGGGGCCCCGGCUCGAGACCCCUGCAGCAGCAGCAGCAGCAGCAGCAGGGAGGCCAGCUGCAGCAGCAGCAGAAAGAAGCACAGCACGCAGCGGAGCUGAUGCCAUUAUUGCUGCUUUUGCUGCUAAUGGAGACCCCAGAGAUGCUGAGGCUUUCAUGCUGCACCCUGACAGCCAAGCAGCAGCAGCAGCAGCAGCAGCAAACGCAGCAGCAGCAGUCGCGGCCUCGGACCCCCCAGGCGGUGCCUCCGAGGAAGAAGCAGCAGCAGCAGCAGCAGCAGCAGCAGCAGAUGAAACAGCAGCAAAUAAAAAGGGAAAAAGAACUACUUUUUUUAAUAUAAUUGACUCUGUUGCGCGCACUGUGGGCCUCAGCAGAAUCUUGGGAAGAAGCAGCAGCAGCAGCAACAGCAGCAGCAGGUCCCUUGCAAACACUGCUGGCAGCACAGCUCUCACCGUCUGCAUCACACCGACGCGGAUGGUGGUGGCGAACGUGGGCGACUCCCGCUGCGUCCUUUGCCGCGGCCAAGACAUCAUUGAACUUUCCCAAGACCACAAGCCCCAGCUAGCUGAAGAAAGAGUCCGUCUCCCAACAGCUAGCUGCUGCAGCUAG